UCCGUCCCGGAAGUUUUGAACGGUGUUGCUGAGCUGAAGUUGUGUCGGUGCUGCUGCUCGGUCCGGUUCCCCUCCACAGUCCGAGAAGCUGCUUUUAAUCUGAAACCUUUUGAACUGUCGAAGCGUGGCGCUGCUCUCCGUUUUCCUCCACGUUCCUCCAGCGGGGUGCAGCUGCCUCCGUCCGCUCCGCUGAGCCGAUGUCUGGCUUCGACCUGGUCCCGGUGGACGGCGGGGAUCCGGUCCACCUGCCACCCGGAGAGACGGUGUUGGGCCGGGGCCCGUUACUGGGAAUCAGUGAUAAGCGAGUCUCCAGACACCACGGGCUGCUGGAGAACCUGAGCGGAGAGCUGCGCCUCAAAGCCACACACCUGAACCCGUGCUUCAUUCAGUCGACCCCCACCGAUGACCCUCGACCUCUGCAGAAAGGUUCCUGGCACGUCCUUCGUCACGGAGACUUCUUCUCUCUGCUGCCGGGUCGGUUCAUCUACGAGGUGGUGUCAGUGGGCGGAGACGAGCGCACGCCCAGGAACAGCCAGAUGUCAGAAGAAGAAGAAGAAGAGACACUUCCUGUUCCUCCUGAUCCAGCUGUGGAUCUACGUCCAGCUGCCAGACUGAACCAGGAGGAGCCGCCGCCGUCAGCAGCUCAGGAGGAAGACGAGGAGGCCGAGAGACCGUUCAAGGGAGACUCGGCAGGAUCGGUGAAAGACGAUCAGCAAGGCGCCGCUCCGUCGGUGACCAGGAGAAGAGUUUUACCUGCAUGGAUGCUGGCGGCUGUACCUGCUGCAAAGACUCCGUCCUCCACCCCGACAGUUCGGACCUGCCGACCUGCAGCGCCGUCACCUGCCACUAAACGAGCAGCUGUCGCACAAGCCACGCCCGCAACAACCUCCUCACCUGAGGAGGCGGAGUUCACAAGGAAGGAGGAGGAGAGGCCGAGGAAGAGGAGAAAACUGAGUGAUGACGAAGAACAACCUGAGGAGGCCGCCGCCCACCGUCCGGCUAAACCGAACAAGUCUGAGGACAGCGGCGAGAACGACAGCUUCACCAUGAAGGCGGAAGCGGAGGACAAAGCAAAUGAGUCUGAGAAGGAGGGCAAGAUGUCUGAAAACAACAGGACGUCUAAACGAGCCGAGCCUGCCGGGUCGAACGGAGACGCCCAGUCUGGCCCCGCCCCCUCCAAAGCCCGUGUCAGAACGCCGUGUCCGUACGGGAAGGCCUGCUACAGGAAGAACCCACUUCAUUUCCAGGACUGCAGUCACCCUGGAGACACAGACUACGAGGAGGAGGAGGAGGAGGACAAACCCGAGUGUCCCUACGGCAGCGACUGCUACAGGAAAAACCCCCUGCACAGGAAGGAAUACAAACACACAAAGAAACCAGUAAAUCCCCCCACAGCUCGCCACGUCGCCAAAAAGACUCCCGCUGACGAAGAGGACGAGGACGAGUACGAGGACAGCUUCAUUGAUGACGACAGCGAGGACGCGGGCGAUGACUCGGACUACGUCCCUCCUGACUCAGACAGCGGUAAGGAGGACAUCAAAGGCCUGCAGAGAGAGGCUACGGCCUUCCUGAAGAGGAGGAAGUAGGCGGAAACCUGCCCCGCCCCUCGCUGAGGGCUCACCAGACCAGAACGCCGUGUUUGAUGACAUCAUCCUCUACAAACGAAAAUAUCAAACUCGGUCCAUCUGCAUUAGAGACAGUAUGAGAGGUUGUUCUUUCAGCUUUGUGUCCUGAUUGAUUUUAAACCAUACCUGUGUGGUUUUUCACAUUAAAGGUUCGGCAGCCUUUUGUAGAGAGGCUUUUAAUGUGAAAAACAUCUGUUAAUAUUCAGCAAAGAAGAAACGAGUAUGAACACAUGAUUUCUGCUUUCUGUUUCCUUUUGUUUUUACUUUAUGGUACUCGUGAUGUUGGAUAAAACACGCCCUCGUGUUGUUUCACAUUAAAAGUCUCAAAGUCUUCCCUUUACAGCCUUUUAAUGUGGAAAUAACAUCAGGAAGUCUUUGUGAAUAAAGGAGUGAGAUAACAAGGAAAAAACAUAUUUACAUUUUUUUGUUGUAUUUCCAUUUUCUUCUUUGCUGUGGUGAGGAACAUCCAGGUGUUUUUUCAAAUUAAAAGUCUUGCAGCCUGUCAAACUUGGAUUGCAUCAAUCAGGAGCACAACCGAGGAGAAACACGUGGAUUAAAACGUAAAACUAUUAUUUCUGCCAUCAUGUUUCAGUUUGCUCUACUUGUGAUUAGUGCUGAGGUACAUCCAGGUUUUUUCAGAGUAAAACUCAUAUUUAGGCUUUCAAAUAUAUGGCUAUGUUUUGCUUUUAAUGUGAAAAACAGAGGAAGUAACAGUCGUUUGCACUUUUUCAAAAUAAGUCUCAUUGUUUUCAUUUUAUUGUGAAAAAGUCUUCAUAUAUCUGAAAAAACACAGCGGGUGUCUUCUUCCAGUAAAAGAAGUGCUGCAGGACUUUUAAUGUGAAAGGGAUUAUUUCUGGCUGUGGGGGUGGAGCACGUGUGAGGCCCACCAAACAUUAAAAUAAGUAACACUAAAAUAAAAGCCCGUUUAAGUUCUGGAUUUCCCCGAGUUUACCUGUAAAGUCACCUGUGAGAAGUCGAUCUGAAGUCGUCCAAAGUGGACGCGGCUCAGUUUUAUUUUGAAGCAGCUUUAAAAUGAAGAGAGUGAUUAAUUCUGGUAAGAAAUCGUGUUUUCUACUCAGAGACGGCGUCCUCCACAGGGGGUCCAAGCAGCGACCUGACAGCUGAGCCGUGGCGCUCUCUGAGCUGCUUUUAUUUUUGUAAAUAGAGUCUGUGCCGCAGACGCAGGUGAGUCGCUCAGAGAGGAACGUAAACCGUGUUUAUCAGCUCACUGAUUCUUGGACUGUUUUUC